AUGGCCACCAAUACGCUGAUUAUUACGUCGGACAAAAAAGAUGUCACCCAGGGCGAAACCGCGGACCAGGUUCGCAAGUUUUUAGAAUCACAGGUGCUGACCCGCUACAGCGUUACACGAGCCGAUGCAAUGCAGCUCGUGGCUCUCCCAUCACUACAAAGAUUGAUCCUGGUGUGUCCGAGUGUAGAGAUAGCACAAGAGGCCAUGACGGCCAAGGCGCGUCACCCAGAUCUAGAAUCGCUGCAAUUUCGUUUCUCGGUCGCAGACACCACGCUUGAUUCGCGCAAGCAGUAUCUGAAGCUGCCUCCAAAGCAGUCCAUGUUCUUGGUGUCUCCGCCCACAUCGCCCCCACCUGAAUUUGACUACUCACGCCUGGAGGAGACACCCAACCGUGAAAAGGGACUUGCUCCUGUAAGUCACCAUUCUCAAACAUCUGCGGCCCAGCCGGCUGAACAAGCGCUCCUGAGCACAGGCCAUUACGUUCUAUUGGAAACUCCACGGGCAUCUAUUACAUUGGACUGCUGUACCAGAGAUACAGAUGCGGGCGACGAGCCGGCAACUGAUCACGUGAGUGUAUCUGGAGUUCGCACAGGCAUGCCCCCACGUUCCAUAUUUGAUGAUGUAGAGGACUGA